GAGCUCGGCCGCCGCUCCGCCCCUGCGCGCCGGGCGCACGAUGCCGGGGCGUGCCCGGAAGCGUCCAGUCUCCCGGACGCGGGGCUGAUUGGCGGUUCCCGCUAUGCGCCUGGAAUUGUUUGGGUUGAGCUCCGACAGGUGAAAAUGGCCGGGGUGAAUGGGCAGCACCUGCGCGAACUGCAGGGCCCUCUGCGGCCGGUCAAGGACCUCGUGGAGGUAGACGAUGAUUUUCUGCUGGAGGUGGCGGAGGAGGAGGAGGACCAGGGCUUUGUGGACGCCGAGGAGCUCUGCGGCGGAGGCGUCAAGGCCGGCAGCCUGCCCGGGGGCCUCCACGUUAAAAUUUUAGAUGAAAACACACAGGAAGAAUGCAAAGCCUUUGGACGUUUUCCAAUUACAGGUGCUUGGUGGCGAGUGAAGGUGCAGGCAAAGCCUGUGGGAUCAGUGAACUACAGAGUUCAGGGACUUCCAUCUUACUUUCUACAGACUGAUAUGUCCCCACCAUAUCAAAAAGAAAUAUGUUCCCUCUUUCUCACUGAGUGUCAGGUAACCAGUGAGAAGAUAGGUAGAUUUCUGAAGUGGGUAGAGGAAGACUCAAGUGUUGAAGACUUAAACUUUGAAAAUCUUACGGAAAAACUAAGAACUUUCGAAAGGAAAGUGGAAAGGAAAGAAAAAAACGAGCCUGUGCAGAGCGAGGAGGAAGAGCUACCAUCAGACCAUGAGCUGCGUCUUCCUGUGGAAGAGACAGAUCCCUUUAAAUAUAUGACGACAGCUUUGCAAUUUCCAAAAAUAAUGGAAUUCCUCCCGGUUCUUUUGCCUCGACAUUUUAAACAGCUGAUAAGCUCACACUAUAAAGAAGAAGUGUUGGAAAAGAUAGAAGAGAUUUUGGGUUCCAAUCCAUGGAAGCUUGGAUUUCGAAGAAUAACCUACCUGGAAUUGAGGCUUCUGCAAUGUGAAGCAAGUUGGACGGCGUUUCGUCAAUGCAGCUCUCUUCUUCGGCUGAUGACUGAUUUGCAGAAGAACGCAUUGAUCAUAUACUCUAAGCUGAAGCAGAUAUGUCAAGAACACGGGCACACGUGUGUUAACGAAGCGGAUUUAAAUUUGGAAUUGUCCAAGCAGAUGUCUUUUCAUGAUGUUUGGGAGUCUCUGAAGUUCUUGAAGGAUAUCGGUGUGGUGGUCUGUGAGAAGGGCUGUGUCUUUCUUUAUGACCUUUACCAGGCGGAAAAAGGCAUUGCCUUUUCAAUAUGUGAGCUGAUGGCGAGACCUCCAUGGUGUUUGGAUGUCGAUGUCAGGAAGGUCCUUGCGUCUAUUCACACCAUAAAACCUGAGGAUUCUGAAAGUGGUGAUGCAACAGAUGAACGCAAACCUGAUGACACACGACCGGAAAAUUCUGUGGACACGGUGGAGAGACAGGACAGUGAUUGCUGUAUUUGGAAUAACGGUGAGGAUGAAGUUAGUGUAGACACAAGCGAAGUGCGUCUGGAUCCGGAUCAGGUGGCUGCUUUGGAAAUGAUUUGCUCCAACGCCGUGACAGUCAUAAGCGGGAAAGGUGGCUGUGGGAAGACCACAAUUGUUAGCCGUCUUUUCAAGUAUAUAGAGCAGCUGGAAGAAAGAGAAGUAAAAAAUGCUUGUAAAGAUUUUGAGCAAGAUCAGGAUGUCCCAGAAGAAUGGAUUACAUUUACCAAGCAAAGUCAACAAAAGGCAGACAAAGCUGUAGAAGUUUUGCUCACGGCACCGACGGGGAAGGCGACUGGCUUACUCAGAGAGAAAACUGGUCUUCCUGCCUACACCCUGUAUCAGGUCAAUUACAGCUACUAUUUAUGGAAGAAAGAUUCGGCAUCCAAGAACAAGCCAUGGAAAUUUUCUUCUGUUAGAGUUCUGGUUGUGGAUGAAGGGAGUUUGGUAUCUGUAGGAAUCUUCAAAUCAGUUUUAAAAUUAUUGUGUGAGCAUUCCAAACUAUCUAAACUUAUCAUCCUUGGUGAUGUCAGGCAGUUACCCAGUAUUGAACCUGGUAACUUGCUGAAAGACAUUUUUGAGACUCUUAAGUCAAGAAAUUGUGCUAUUGAGCUGAAGACAAACCACAGAGCAGAAUCUCAGCUCAUCGUGGAGAACGCUACCAGAAUCUCAAGACACCAAUUUCCAAAUUUUGAUGCAGAAAUACCUGUUACUGAUAAUCCCACGUUCCCUAUCUCAGUGCAAGACAAGACAUUCAUUUUUGUCAAACUCCCAGAAGAAGAUGGCAGUUCUCAGCUAUCUAACAGUAGCCACCAUUCUUAUCUUUAUUCUGCAGUUAAAACUUUACUGCAAGAAAAGGACUUUGCAAGUGCAAAGACAUCACAAUUUAUUGCAUUUAGAAGGCAGGACUGUGAGCUUGUCAAUGACUGCUGUUGCAAGCGCUACACUGGCCACCUGACCAAAGACCAUCAGAAAAGACUUGUGUUUGGAAUUGGUGAUAAAAUUUGUUGUACCAGGAAUGCGUAUCUCUCAGAUGUACUCCCAGAUAGUGCCUCAAAAAGUCAACAAGAUAAUGAUCUGGAUCCCCGGGGUACUCCCCAUGAUGGUGCAAGAAAUAAGCAUGACUUUGACAGUAGUAUUCGACUAUGUAAUGGAGAAAUAUAUUUCAUAACAAAUGAUGUAACUGAUUCGACUUUCGGCAGAAGAAGAUUUUUGACUAUCCGUAAUAUGGCUGGCUUGGAAGUAACCGUGGAUUUUAAAAAAUUAAUGAAACAUUGUCACAUAAAACAUGCAUGGGCAAGAACUAUUCAUACUUUUCAGGGAUCUGAGGAACACACGGUUGUGUAUGUGGUGGGGAAGGCGGGCCGCCAGCACUGGCAGCAUGUCUACACCGCGGUGACCAGGGGCCGCUGCCGAGUGUAUGUCAUUGCAGAAGAGUCGCAACUCCAAGCUGCCAUCAAGAGAAACAACGUUAUCAGGAAAACACGUUUGAAACAUUUCUUGCAAAAUGAGCUCUCUGGUGGCCUGUUGGCUUCACCAUGUUCUCCAUCACCAAGCGGGAGCACUGGGGACCGUGGAGAGGCCAGCACAGAGCCAGCAGCAUCUCCCCUCCCUGUGUGGAAGUGGAAUGUGGAGACCAGCGACCUCCACAGAAGCAGCGCCUCUCUGGCUGACUGUAAGAUACACGACGAUGAGACAUGGGAAUUGCCUUCAUUCGAGGAAGUGGAUAAAGAUGAGCAUUUAAGACAAUCACGGGGAUCCAAAAGAGGCUGUGGUGCGAAAGCGAGAGAAAGCCCAAACAAAGUCCUGAUGAUGGACCAGCCGUCUCCACAAGUGUCUUCAAUAUUUCGGAAUUUGAAGCUAAAUAGUUUAGCACGCAGACAACUUUUUAAACCCACGGAAAAUCAACAAACAUAAUUUUACUUCAUACUGCUCAAAAUAAUUUUCUAUUUGAUUUCUCCAUUCAAGACGAAAAUGAACAUCGUUUCAGAUUUUCAGGAUAAAGAGAAAACGUCUAUGCCUGGAGUUUUAAGACAUGCGUAUAAAGUAUG